CGAGUACCGGCCACAAUCACAGCUCUCAGCAGAGGGGGAGCCAGAUCUGGGUGUGCCUGGGCAAUCUGUGCUGAGUCUGUCUCCUUUCCAUCCCUGCAGCACUUUCAGAGCUUUAAGUUUUGCAGCGAGAGAGAAGGGGGGUGGAAAUCUCUGCAAAAAUGGCUGGGGCAAUUAUAGAAAACAUGAGCACUAAAAAGCUGUGCAUUGUUGGAGGGAUCUUGCUGAUUUUCCAAGUCAUCGCCUUUCUAGUGGGAGGUCUGAUUGCUCCAAGUCCCACUACAGCUAUGCACUACAUGUCAAUAAAAUGUGUAGAUGUACGGAAAAACCACCACAAAACCAAGUGGCUAAUGCCUUGGGGACCCAACCAGUGUGAGAAGAUCCAAGAUCUUGACGAGGCAAUGAGCAGACAAAUAGAAGCCAAUGACAUUGUGUUUGCUGUUCACAUCCCCCUCCCCAGCAAGGAGAUGAGUCCCUGGUUCCAGUUCAUACUUGUUAUCCUACAGCUGGACAUUGCAUUCAAGAAAAAUAAUGAGAUAAAAGACAAUGCAGAAGUUACGCUUGAUGUGUCCUUGGCCUAUCGUGAUGACAUGUUCAGUGAAUGGAAAGAAAUGGCACAUGCGAUAGAGACCCGAAAGCUAAAAUGUUCUUUUGCCUCUCCAAAAACCACAGAGCAUGAAGGCCGACACUAUGACUGUGAUGCACUCACUUUCAUGGAAAUUGGAACUGUGGCUCACAAAUUCUACCUCCUCAACAUUCGACUCCCUGUGAAUGAAAGGAAACAAAUUAAUGUGGGAAUUGGGGAAAUAAAGGAUGUUCGCCUGGUGAGUAUCCAUCAAAAUGGAGGCUUUACAAAAGUGUGGUUUGCAAUGAAAACCUUCCUCACGCCCAGCAUCUUCAUCAUCAUGGUUUGGUAUUGGAGACGGAUCACGAUGAUGACACGCGCUCCUGUCCUGCUGGAAAAGGUAAUCUUUGCUCUUGGGAUCUCCAUGACGUUCAUAAAUAUCCCAGUAGAGUGGUUUUCCAUUGGAUUUGACUGGACUUGGAUGUUGCUCUUUGGAGAUAUUCGACAAGGACUCUUCUAUGCCAUGCUCCUGUCAUUUUGGAUAAUCUUUUGUGGCGAGCACAUGAUGGAUCAAAAUGAACGAAAUCGUCUUUCUGGGUACUGGAAACAGGUUGGGCCCAUAGCUGUUGGUGCCUUCUGCCUUUUCAUCUUUGACAUGUGUGAGAGAGGGGUACAACUGAAAAAUCCAUUCUACAGUAUCUGGACCACAGAUGUUGGCACGGAGCUGGCUAUGGCAUUUAUUAUAGUGGCAGGAAUCUGCCUUUGCCUCUACUUCCUGUUUUUGUGUUUCAUGGUGUUUCAAGUGUUCAGAAACAUUAGUGGGAAACAAUCCAGCCUCCCAGCAAUGAGCAAGGCUCGCAGGCUUCAUUAUGAGGGGCUGAUUUUUAGGUUCAAGUUCUUGAUGCUCAUCACUCUGGCCUGUGCAGCAAUGACUAUCAUCUUCUUCAUUGUCAGUCAGGUGACUGAAGGCCAUUGGAAGUGGGGGGACUUCACAGUACAGGGGAACAGUGCCUUCUUCACAGGCAUCUAUGGGAUGUGGAACCUCUACGUCUUCGCUCUUAUGUUCCUAUAUGCUCCAUCGCACAAGAAUUAUGGUGAAGAUCAAUCAAAUGGUGACCUGGGAGUAAGUAGUGGGGAGGAGCUUCAGCUCACCACCACCAUCACCCAUGUGGAUGGGCCAACUGAGGUUUACAAGCUGGCUCGCAAGGAGGCUCAGGAGUAACUCCUGGAACACCUCACUUGGGACAAACACAAUGAAGUACAAUACACAGAUUGAGACAACGUCCUCCUUGAGGAGACAUCAGAAGUUACUCCCUCUACAAAUGCCCAGUAUUUAUAGUGUGUUCACUGAGCGGUGGAACUAAAAUAGAACCUUUGUAAACUCUCUUUAAUAUGGUGUCGCUAUCUCUGGGGGAGGGCAGGAUAUGUAUUCUAUAUUUUACAGACAUGCUAAAUGAACACUAAGGAUGCAAAGUGAAAUGUUCAAGAGUUAAGCCAGGAUUAAUGUUGCCUGCGGAACCUUAAUUUUGGCUCCUUGUGUGUAUGCAGAAUGGUAGUCUUUAAUUACUGGGGUUUUUACACAGGACUCCUGCCUCAUUCAAUGCACAAAGUAAACAGUGCUCGCUUAAGAGGAGGUAUUUAGUAUUUUGGUUUUUCUUGUGUGUAAUUUCCUCAUAAACACACAGAAAAUGCAAAACUAUAUUCUGUAUCUAACCAUAUUGACACCCUCCCCACCCCCAGUUGGGUCACUGGCAGGGUUCAAACCUUUAGAUCUGGAGCACAGACCUCUGCCACUUAGGCUAACAGUAUCUGGUAGCAGUAGUAGGCUGUUACCUGUGUGUGGACUAGGCACCAAAGAGGGAAGAGAGAUGCACCAAAGAGGGAAGAGAGAUGCACACUUUACUAGUGGAUUUCACAGCUAUUUGCUGACAGAGGAAUGUAGAAACUCUGAACUCCCUGGAUUCUUUUCCAAGUCCUGGAGGGGAGUAUAGUCUAGUGGGUUAUAAACCGUUCUGCCCUUGUCCCCCAACUUCUCUGUAUCCUCCUAUCUGCCCCACUCCCAUUGGGCAGUGCGUCCAUAUCGUGAUGCCCACUUUUCCCAACCUAGCACUAAAAAUUUCCCAGAUCAUUUUUUACAGUGCUUCUAUAUCCUGGGAAAUUUCCCCAAACCUGGGAAUUUGUGAGUAAAAUGUUUCAACUUGCGAAAUUUUGGAAUUUUCAUUCAAGACAUUUUACUCAAAUUCCCAGAUUGUGGGAAAUUUCCCAGGAUAUAGAAGCACUGCCAUUGGGCUCCUGAACCCCUUCUCUCCCCUCCUUUCUCCAUUUCUCUGCAUUCUAGUGAUGGCUCCUUCUCAUCCAUGAUGCCUGGGUGUCAGGAGAGGGAGCAUUGAGGACACAGGAGAGACUCUCUCUCUCUCUCUCUCUCUCUGUUCCUGUGCUCAGUGCCACAGCAUCCUGCAGCAGCUAGGAGGAGCAGUUGCAGGGCAACUCCUGCUCAGAGGCUGCAGCACUAGCAUGGAGCAUACUCGGAGAUGGAAUGUCUGGAGAACUUAGCUGCCAAAUCUGCACUGAGCAUGUGAGAACCAAUAUUUUUCAGUGUCUCAUAACUUGGCCAAACUUCCUGACCAGUUCUUAGACUCUUUGGGGAGUUUAGCUCUGGCAAUGUCCUGCAGACGACUGCACAGUUGAGCAGGACUUUCCCUGCAAUUGCUGCUCUUGGCCGCUGCAGGAUGCUGUAGUGCUGCACACGGUAUUAAGUCCUGUGCGCUCCCUGCUAAUACCCAGGCAGUGUGAAGGAGGAAACAGCCUGAUUUCAAAUGCAGAGGGGAUGAUCCAGACCUGGAGGGAGAGGGAGUGGACUAGGAUUCAUGUGGAUUGGGGGUGUAGCCGAGAGAGACUGUGACUAGCAGGGCAGGGAGAUGAGGAGGAGGAGGAGCUAGAGCUGUAGUGAGGGAGAGAGGAAAACUAAGGCAGGCAUGGGUUGGAGGGGACUGGGGCAAAAGGGGAGAGGCUGAGAGAGAUGGGCAGAAUUGUCUGUGCCCGCUAGAGUGCAUACUAUGCCAGAACCUGGAAUGGAUUCCUGAGUGUCUCAUUCCUGCUGUCAGCAAAUAUCUUUUGAAACUCCUGGCAAAGUUUGUGUCUCAUCCCCCUCUAGAGCUUGGUCCAUGCAGAGGAUGAGUCUACUGCUAUGGGUUGCUCAAGUAAUAGAGGUUUGUGCUGUGAAUCUUAAGGUUCCAAAUCUGCUGAUGGCUCAUGCAUAAGGCUGUUUUUGUCACUGAGGUCAUGAAGUCACAGAAUCCGUGACUUCUGGAGGCCUCUGACAUUCUCUGCUUCAGCCCCAGGGGCUGCAGGACUCUGGAGCUGACAGCCAGUGGGGCCCUGGCAGGGUUCCAGUGACAGGCCCCCUGGAAGGUUCCAGCAACAGGUGAUAGACUCCUGAUGGGGGACAGUCUUGCAUGGGGAGAGGGGGAUGCCUUGGGCUAGUGGCUGGGGUGUCCCAUUUUCUCUCUAGGAAAUAUGGUCACCCUGCAGCACCCAGCUGCCAUGGGCAGAGGGGGGCACAGUCAUUUUUCAGUUGGCCUUUUUUUUUUUUUUUUUAAGCCUGGGAAAUCACUCACACUCACACUCACAGACAGACAGACACAGUAGUGCUAAGGUUGCAAAGUCAAGCAUUCAGAAGUUAGGAAAUGCCAGUAUUAAGCUUGCCUGUGUAACCUUAAUAUGACCCUCUUCUGCAUACACAUUAUGAUGUAGUUUUUAAUUAAUGAUCUCACACUAUUUCCUGCUCCCAUAGGCCUCCCUCUGCCUUAUUCAGUGCGGAGGAUGGACCUGCUGUGGGGAUAAAUCAGGGAUGUGUAGUGAAGGACACUACUGGCUGUAGCAUCCCCAUCACUAAAUGUACGUGUUCCAGUUUCUGGCUGCUCACCUGGAGGUGCCUAGGACCAAAUUUGCAGAAGUGCUAAGCGCUCCAACUGAAGUCAAGUGUUGCUGCACUUGGAGCAUAGGCUAUGAAAAUGCUAAAUCUCCUAAAAACAAGGCUCUGGGCUUCUCAAAUUCACUACCAAAAAUUAAUGGACACUUGGACAAUUUUGGCCAUAAUUUCUGUGCCUCGGUUCCCCAUCUGUAAAUGCGUAAAUGCCACCUCUGUGGGGAGGGGGGUAUGAAGAUCCCAUGUAUUCAUGUUUGAAGCACUCUGAGAGCAUUAGGAGGAAAUUAUUAAUUUUUGUAUCCAGUGCAGUUUGGAUGGGCUUUGUCAAAAAAAAAAGCCUGGAUCCACAUUGAGGAGAAUAAAAGAAGAUAUUGAAUAAAUAUAUGCUCACACAAUGAGGCUGGGGUCCUCUGGAGGAAAAAUAUACAUAAGCAUAUAAUUAAAGAUGGUAACAUAACACAUUCCCAAGGGGGCAGAAUUCAGUUGCCCUUCCAAUCUCAAUUCUGUCAUUUCACAACUUCUGAGAGCUUGACUCUGCAACCUUAAUGUUACUUUAACUUUAGGUUUUUUUAUGUAAUAUCUAUGUACCUAGAAUAAAUUCAUCCUGACUUUUUUUUAUAGCAUAGUGUAACAGUGCAUGUUGUAAAGAUUGAUUUACGAAAGAGUCAUUGCAGCUUUAAAACCAAAUCUCGUGUGUCCAACACUAACAAGUCUGUUAUGGUGUAGAUAUCUUUUUAUAUUUGCUAAACUACUAAGUGCCACUUGCGUACCAGAAACAGCCCCUGGAUCUUAUUAAAUUGUUUGUUUGUAUGUUCACUUUUUACAAAAUGCUUUAAACAACCUGGAAAAAAUGUAGUUUUGUUAAUUUAAAUAAAAUAUACAAUAUUGUG